UGGUGUAAGGUGGCCAUAAGUAAUCAAAUGUCGAAAGCGGAGUGCGCCAUACUCAGGUCAGUGCCUAAUUCACCGAAGAUUACAUCAGUUGUAAGUGCAAACAGCCGCCCUCUGGCAAUCAACCUACAAUUGGCAGCAGCAGUGCAAAUGAAGAGGCAGGCCUGGUGCAAAAUGUCAAAUACAGAGAUACAGAGAGGUUGAAUGGUUCAGAUGGAUAUGCGUGGGGUGGCCGAUGACAUGAGGGUUUCACUGCUUUGUCUGCUGCUGUUGUUUGGGAGAUGGAAUUUGCUUCUUUAUGGAGCACUUGCAAAUCCAUACCAUCAUGGAAAGUAUGAGGAUGGGUCUACAGUAUAUGGAAGUGGCCCUGAACUACAUAACCCUGAAAGGUACUCUGGACUUGACCAAAAAUUCAAAAUCCAGCAAUCCAAUCUGGCUAGCAACAAACAACACUCCACAAAAUUAUCCAGUAAAGUAAAGUUCAGGAUUUCUCCAAGUCAUUAUGAGUUAGGACUCCCUGAGCACCAUCAAAACCCUGUUAGCAAAUCUACAAGCUUAGAUGGCCCCUCAAUGUUUCAACAUCCUUCCAGAAAUACUGAAAUUGCACAAAUCGGCCUGGCCUUUUCCGUGGGAGAGAGAAUUCCCCAGGAUUCUAGUCAAGGUAUGAACAAUAUCUAUACCCCUGAACGUUCUCAGCAUGCUCGGUUUAAAAGUGCAGCUGGUGGCUUUACCCAAAAUGCACCAGGCAGUCUGUAUCCCAGCAAUCCUUCAGAGACCAUUGUGCAUACCGUCCCUUACUUUUCCAUUAGUAGAAAAUAUCCUACACAUGAGCAACUUCAAAAUAAUUUGGCUCAACGGUCAACACAUUUCACUGAGCCAGGAAGGUCAUAUCCUGUCAGUCCCAUCGGUGACCUUGGAUCACAUUUUGUUGGGCAUAAAGACAAUACACAGAGCAUGACCUAUGACCCCUCUUUGCAGGACAUCAACAGUGACGCAAAGUAUGUUCCCCCUUCAAGUGUAAGUCUUGCUCCCACAUCUUCCAAUGCAGGAUAUCAUGAGCGUAAUGCUUCAAAGUUGAUUCAAGACCAAGAUGCCCCCGUCAAUGGUAAAUGGGCUUUUCAAAGGCUUGUGUCCAGUAACGGUGUGCCUAUUCAGAGUGUAAGUUCUUGGUCCUAUGGUGGGCAGAGGCCAAACAACAAGAUGUUUGGCUCAAGUCACAGACCACCUGCUCACCCUGGUGGAAGUGACUUUGACAUGUCUUACCUUCCCCAGAGGGACGAAGCACCAAACCAAAAGAUAUUCACACAACCUGCUAAAAUUAGACCUGCUUCCCACAUUAAUUGUCCCAGUCAGGUUGAUGGCUCAAUUGACUCUUUGAAAAACUGGGCAACAACUGAUGAAGACCAAGUCAGUGAACUUCAUCCAUUCACAGAAGAUCCAACAUCACAGAACUCUCCAGAAGAACCACCUCGAGUUGGCAAGUCUCCCACUGUUGAAACUGAAGAUGCAUCAAGUGGUAGUGCCAGAGGAGACGCUGACUUGCAUCAGUCUUUUGAGGGAAGGCACAAAGCCUUGACUGACCGCAAGCGGUUAAUCCAACUCCGACCCCAGACCAGGUAUCUUGUGAGGGCCUUUAACCAUUAUGAGCAGGGCAGGCUCUACCAAUCACGUGGUAGGAACAACUCAACAGAAAUGGCCUUCCUUCCUGAUGGUCCAACACUGCGUCUACGAGUCCAGAGCAAUGAAAACCCUAGGAAUGGUCACAGGAGGUAAUGUGCAGUGUAUUUAAUGCUUCAACUGCUUCCUUUCUUUUGCUCCUUUUUAACAUCAGUUCUUAUUUGUUUCCUUAACGGACAAAUGUGACCAAUGAUGUGCUUGUGAUCUCCGCACCCUCUGGCUCUUUACUGGAUAUUAUCCUAUGAUUCUGGUUAUAAUAAAACAAAGCUGACCUGAA